CGGAGAAUCAGCAAAGUGACACACACACCUACACGUACACACGCACGGACACACGGGCUGACAGCUUGUUCAACUGAGUGGUGUGAGCAGGCAUUCACUUCUUCAUUUUGCUCUCUGUCACUUCAGCUUGUAGUGCUUCAAACAUGGACCAAGACAACAACUCAGAGGAUGAGUUAAUCUGCCCAUCAGAAGACGAACUGCCGUGUGUACCUCCAGAUCUCUCUGAUGGUGAGGCAGUGGAGCUGCUUUGGCAGAUGCGAGCUCAGCGUCGCCAGUCGUCUCCUGAGCUCCCAGAGACUGUGACACGUCUCACUGCCCCCGACGGCAGCCUCCUGUACCUGGUGGGCACGGCACACUUCAGUGACAGCAGCAAAAAGGACGUGGCAAUGAUGAUUCGCGCCGUGCAGCCGGACGUGGUUGUGGUGGAGCUGUGUCAGUACAGAGUGUCGAUGUUGAAGAUGGACGAGAGUACACUGCUAAAGGAAGCCAAAGACAUCAACAUGGAAAAGGUUCAGCAGGCCAUCAAACAGAAUGGGCUGAUGUCUGGCCUGAUGCAGAUUCUCCUGCUCAAAGUUUCCGCUCACAUCACACAGCAGCUGGGCAUGGCUCCUGGAGGAGAGUUCAGAGAGGCCUUCAAGGAGGCUGGACAGGUGCCCUUCUGUAAAUUUCACCUGGGGGACAGGCCGAUCCCUGUGACCUUCAAAAGGGCUAUUGCUGCCCUCAGUCUGUGGCAGAAGGCUCGUCUGGCCUGGGGUCUUUGCUUUCUGUCAGAUCCAAUCAGUAAAGAGGACGUAGAGAAGUGCAAACAGAAAGACCUGCUGGAGCAGACCAUGUCAGAGAUGAUCGGAGAGUUUCCUGCUCUCCAUCAGACCAUUGUGGCUGAAAGAGACAUCUACCUCACGCACACCCUCCGUCAGGCUACACGCUGUGUGGAGGCUCCCUCUAAUGCCCAGAAAGUGCCUGCGGUGGUGGUGGGAGUCGUUGGGAUGGGCCAUGUUCCAGGCAUCGAAAGAAACUGGGAGAAGCAGCUUAACAUUAGUGAAAUCAUGAGUGUUGCACCUCCCUCACGUUUUGGCUGGGUGUUGCGCACUGUCAUGAAGGGCGUCAUGAUGGGAAUGCUGGGAUAUGCCUGUUACCGUGCUGGAGGGGGUUUAGGUAGAGCCCUACUGUCUUUACCCCCUGUCCAAUCAGUUCUGGAGAUUCUACAGCCACCGCCUGCUUGACCGCUCCAAGCGCAUCAUGGACACGACCUCUGAUUAAUGAAAAAGAUGCAUCUAUCACCAGUGGCCUUAACAGAAGGAGGUGAGGCUGGAGGAAUAGAGUUCACCAGCCCACACUAUGAACUAACGAGGACCUCAGGGGGGUUUAGAGCUUUCCCUCUUGUAUUGAUGUCCCUGUCAACACUGCAGGCCCGUACUGCCAAAGAAACCAUGACAGUACACUUUAUUUUAUUUAUUUUUUAUCAUAGUUUGUUCAAAUCCUGCAUUUUGUAUUGUUUACAAAUGCCAAAAAAUCAUUUUCAACAGAUUUCUAUUUAACCCACAAUUCCUCUGAAUGACUUACACACAACUUCAGUCACCUGCCCUCAUAUGACGAUUCACUUUCUGAGUGGAACAACUUCCUAUCACUCUCUCCUUACUCCUCUCUCCUUUAUUGUGCCAGCCAGGAUUGUUGGGAUAUGGGCACAUUUCAAGUUGAGCACUUUAGAAGAGACUGGUGGAGUCUUUUACUGGACGUGCAGCCUAUGGAAAGGACAGAAUAAAUAAAAUGGAGAAAUUCCAUUUAAUAGUUGGUGCAUAGAGCAACUCCGGGUUAAUGUCAGCAAGUGUCUGACUUGGACGGUUGACUAUCAUUUCCUUAAUUGUUGAAUAUUCCACAAAACUCUCAUACAGCUUAGCAUGGAAUGAUUCCUUAUGUGCAUGGCCCUGCCUACAUCAACAGACAAGUGCCUCUAACCGCAGCUGUAAGGGCUGAUGGUUAACUUCAUGGAAUGGCAAAAAUAUGUGUUAUGGAUCUCACAGAUUAGACAAGCAAAUGGUUGAUGCAACAUUGUUUGUAACAUUCUGUCCUUUUAUUGAUUUAAGAUAAAGUAGACAAACUUUAUAGAUACUGUCGCCCUUAAUACAGACAUAGGGUUAGGGUCUAAAUUUUGUCGUCUUAGUUUCAGCAGAAAUGUUACCAUCCUACAUUUUAUAUUCCACAGAAACCUGGUGGAGGAGAAGCUUAAAUGUGCCUCAGAAUGAGAAAUUCAUCAUGUUAUUUGUAUAUAUAAUUGUACUUCCAGUGUGCGGCUCCGUCAUCUUAAGGCUUUUCUGGUUGCACCUAUUAGUAAAGGUUUCAUACUUGACACAGAAAUAUGCAUUACAGGCAGAAAGCUUUGUCUGUAAACCUUCCCAUGAGGACAUCUGACAUCCAGCACACCAGCUGUUUGUAUUUUUAUGAUAUAUGCAUUAUCUCCUCCUGGAAUGAUUGUAAAAAGGGGAACAAGGAUUGGUUGAUCUAGCAAACAAUUCAAAAGUUAUAAUGAUUGUCAUGAUUUCCCAUUGAGGGAAAUUAGUUGUGGACUUGUUUUGACCAUUAUGUAGAGAACUGAGUUGAGGUUGGUCAGAGUUGAGAGGUCAAGCUUUACACUGCUAUCACUGCUGCCUUUGACCCUGUUUUACCCAGUGACCUGUAUCCACAGUACAGAGUCUCUUAUUGCACAUAGAAAAAACUGGAUGUAUAACAUCCCUGGAACUUGUAAAUUCUGAAUAAGCCAAUAACACAGUUGCAAGGAUUACAAACAUUGAUUUCCUUAGUUUUCCAUAACUUAAUUUAAAGUCAUUUUUUGUACAGUGCAUUAUCUAGAUGUUUUUACAAGACUUGUGAUACGACCCAGUGAAUUUAUACGGGACUUGAAUAACUGAAGCAGUGCCGUUUCAUCUUACAUUAUUACACCACUUGUAAACUACCCAAACAUUAAACAAAUUCCGAUAAUAAGUCUUCCAACUCAUAAAUUAGAUUAAUUCAUAUAUAAGCAGCGUGAGAAUGUGGAGGACAGAUGUCCCACUCAGCAGUAUAAUGCAGUCCGAUUAAAACAUUGUCCCCCUGAAUGGUUUGAUAUAUACUGUUACUUUGAGAAUUGCCAAGAAAAUUGUAUGAAUGCCUAUUAUUUGUUGCAACGUUUGUUUCCCCGUAUCCUUGUAUUGUCCUUGUUGAAAACCCCAACAUUGAAUUCUGAAUAAUGUCUUUGAAUUAUGGAAACAUUUUAAAUAAAGAUAUAACUAUA